AUGUAUGAACUGGAUGAAGAAAUCUCUCAGCUAACCACUACUAGUGACUCUAAAUAUGGUAUGCUGUCAAAUUUUGAAAUUGAGAAAAAAAUUGGCAAAGGACAAUUUAGUGUGGUAUUCAGAGUUAAAUGCAAAUUGGAUGGAAAACUGGUGGCAUUAAAAAAAGUUCAGAUUUCUGAGAUGAUGGACUCUAAAGCAAGAUUAGAUUGCAUAAAGGAGAUCAAUUUACUCCAGCAACUUAACCAUCCAAAUGUUAUAAAAUAUCUGGCAUCUUUCAUUGAUGACAAUGUGCUAUACAUUGUUCUUGAUUUAGCUGAUGCAGGUGACCUUUCUCGAAUGAUUAAGUAUUUCAAAAAACAAAUGAGGUUAAUCCCAGAAAAAACAAUAUGGAAGUAUUUUGUUCAAGUUUGCGGAGCUGUUGAACAUAUGCAUUCAAAAAGAAUCAUGCAUAGAGAUAUUAAACCUGCAAAUGUCUUUAUUACUGCGGAAGGGGUUGUUAAACUUGGUGAUCUGGGACUUGGCCGUUUCUUUAGCUCAAAAACAACAGCUGCUCACUCACUGGUUGGAACUCCUUAUUACAUGUCACCUGAAAGAAUACAUGAAAAUGGUUACAAUUUUAAGUCUGAUAUCUGGUCACUUGGUUGUUUAUUAUAUGAAAUGGCUGCAUUGCAGUCCCCUUUCUAUGGUGAAAAGAUGAAUUUGUAUGCUUUAUGCAAAAGAAUAGAAAAUUGUGAUUACCCUCCAAUUCCAUCUGAUAUCUAUUCUGAUGAAAUGCGAAAAUUAGUUAAAGAGUGCAUAAACUCGGAUCCAGAUAAACGUCCAGAUAUUGGAUAUGUGCAUAAGAUUGCUUUGGACAUGCAUUUCAAGUUCUCGCCUCAAGCUUCGCAGACUUAAUUUUUUUUUUUAACUGAAAAUCUUGUCUAUGAAGUUCCAAAGAAAAAAAAAUGUUUAAAUUUCAGAUAUGAAUCAUUCUUGUACUUCAUCACAAAAUAUUUUACAUUCCAAAAGUUAAAAA